AUGGGCACGCGGGCAUUUUCCCACGACAGUAUUUUUAUCCCUGAUGGGGGAGCAGAAAGUGAGCAGACAUUUCAAGCAAUGUCACAGGACAACAUCCUGGGCAAAGUCAAAACUCUUCAGCACCAGUUGGGCAAGAAUAUCAAGUUUGGGCAGCGGCCAGCCAAUGCCCUGCCUGUGAAGAAAGCCAACAGCGAGGAGGCCAGCUCGGAGGAGGGGCCGCUCGGACCCAAGCCCAUGGACACUGUGGCUCGGCAGGACACCGUCCCCUUGGACGCCGACAGCAAGGCCGCGCCCACACCUGGUUCUCCGGGGCCUCAGGAUCCGCCAGGAGCAGGAAGCGAGAUGGAGGAGAAGAUGGCUCCUGUAAAGCCGUCCCGGCCCAAAAGGCACUUGUCGCCAGCCGGCACCAUCGAAAGCGUCAACCUGGACGCCAUUCCCCUGGCCAUCGCCCGCCUGGACAGCAGCGCCGCCAAGCACAAACUGGCUGUGAAGCCAAAAAACCAGCGCAUCUCCAGGAAGCACCGGCGGCUGGCCCAGGACAUCCCCCAUGAGCAAGGGGGCCUAGAGAGUCCACCACCCCAGCACCAGAAUGGACACCUUGGGGGAGAGCAGCUGCCCUGGCCACGAGAGGAAGCCGAGCCACAAGGCUCUGAGGAAGAGAAAAGACAUCAGGAAGAUUACUGGCGGGAGCUCGAGGCCAAGUGCAGGCGACAGAAGGCCGAGGCAGCCGAGAAGAGGCGUCUAGAAGAACAGAGGCUUCAGGCGCUGGAGAGGCGGCUCCGGGAGGAGGAGGAGGAGGAGGCCUGGAAGUUGGAGCAACUGAGGCAGAGGGAGGAGCUGGAGGCACAGAGAAGGCAGGAGGCUGAGAGGCUGCAACUGCAGGAGGAAGAAGCUAGAAGGCUGGAGCAGCUGAGGCAAGAGGAGGAGCUGGAGGCUCAGAGAAGGCAAGAGGCAGAGAGGCUGCGGCUGCAGGAGGAAGAAGCUAGAAGGCUGGAGCAGCUGAGGCAAGAGGAGGAGCUGGAGGCUCAGAGAAGGCAGGAGGCUGAGAGGCUGCAGGAGGAAGAAGCUAGAAGACUGGAGCAGCUGAGGCAAGAGGAGGAGCUGGAGGCUCAGAGAAGACAGGAGGCUGAGAGGCUGCAGGAGGAAGAAGCUAGAAGGCUGGAGCAGCUGAGGCAAGAGGAGGAGCUGGAGGCUCAGAGAAGGCAGGAGGCUGAGAGGCUGCAGGAAGAAGAAGCUAGAAGACUGGAGCAGCUGAGGCAAGAGGAGGAGCUGGAGGCUCAGAGAAGGCUGGAGGCUGAGAGGUUGCAACAGGAAGAAGCCAGAAGGCUGGAGCAGCUGAGGCAAGAGGAGGAGCUGGAGGCUCAGAGAAGGCUGGAGGCUGAGAGGCUGCGGCUGCAGGAGGAAGAAGCUAGAAGACUGGAGCAACUGAGGCAAGAGGAGGAGCUGGAGGCUCAAAGAAGGCAAGAGGCUGAGAGGCUACAACAAGAAGAAGCUAGAAGACUGGAGCAGCUGAGGCAAGAGGAGGAGCUGGAGGCACAGAGAAGGCUGGAGGCCGGGAGGGAACUGGAGAAAGCAGCAGUGAGACCUGAGGAAGAGAGCCCGUUCCAGCCAGAGGACAGUGGGGACUCAGGGAAGGCACAUAGGGGUGAUGUGGAAGAGAAGCUGGGAGAUCCAGAGAACCCGGAGCUCAGAAGACUAAGCUCAGAGGAGCCAGAGUUUACGGACAAUCAGCCGGGCCAGAGUGGACAUUCAAGGAUUCAGGAGGCGCACGAAGCAGAGGGGGUUGUGGGGCCCCAGGAGGAGGAGGAGGCUGCUCCGGAAAAGGGCCGCAGGGUGGAGGAGCUCCGGUGGCAAGAGGUGGACGAGCGGCAGAGUAUGCACAGGCCCUACACCUUCCAGGUGUCCUCGGGGGGCAAGCAGAUCCUGUUCCCUAAAGUGAACUUGAGCCCCGUGACACCCGCCAGGGAUGCGCCCCCUGCGCCGCGAACGCUGCCUGCGGCCCUCAGCGUCCCCCACACGGCCAUCCUGGUCACGGGAGCCCAGCUGUGCGGCCCGGCAGUCAACCUGAGCCAGAUAAAGGACACGGCCUGCAAGUCCUUGCUGGGCCUGUCAGAAGUCAAGAGGCACGGGGACGGGGCCCCCUCUGCCGCCGCCAGCCCCGCAGGUCCGCCUCGCGCUCCCGGCUGCUCCAAGACAAGGCCUGCACCAGAGGAGCACGCAGGCAGCGGGGCGGCGCUGGCCGAGUGGGCCACCAUCCGCUCUCGGAUCCUGAGGGCCGCCGAGGGCGACCGGGAGGCAGCCAGGCCCAGGGACGAGCCCCCUCAGGGCAGCCUGCGCAGGCCCGCGCCACCUGGCGCCAAGUUCUCCAUCAAGCCUGCGUGGCAGAAGUUCUCCAGCGGCGGCGGGGCCGACGGCCACAGGCCUGGCGCGGAAACCGAGGGCGUGAGGAGGAUAUCCGCAUCGGGGCCCCGCGACGAGACAGCGGCCGCCACCGCCCUCCCAGAACCCCGGGGGAGCACUGAGCCCGUUGAUGCCACAGAGGGGUGCAAGUUCGCCAAAGACUUGCCGUCCUUCCUGGUCCCGAGCCCGCCUCGACCAGCGCAGAGAGCCGUCGCGGCCCAAGCCGAGCUUGCAGCCUCUUGGGACGGCGAGGCCGCGCACCCGGCCGGGGAGGACCAGGCCUCGCCCUUUGGCAUAAAGCUGCGAAGGACCAACUACUCCCUGCGCUUCCACUGUGAGCAGCAGGCGGAGCAGAAGAAGAAAAAACGUCGCAGCAGCGCAGGAGACGGGGCCGAGGCCCAGGGCGCCACAGGCCCCAGCCCGAGUGCAGCCCUUGUGCCUGACAAGGCCACCAGCAGGAUGAAGCCAGCGCAGGCCGCCCCCAGCCCCAGCCCGGCGGCCCCCGACCCCGACAAGGCCGCCAGCAGGAUGAAGCCAGCGCAGGCCGCCCCCAGCCCGAGCCCGGCGGCCCCCGACCCCGACAAGGCCGCCACCAGGAUGAAGCCGGUGCAGAAGCCAGCGCUGGCUCCCAAACCGGCCGCCAGCCAGACGCCACCGCCAUCACCACCGCGCUCCAAGCUGAGCAGGCCCUACCUGGCGGAGCUGCUUGGCCGCCGCACCGGCAGGCCUGAGGCCGAGCCCAAGGAGUCAGUCCGGGAGAGCAGCGGGGAGCCCCGACCAUUGCCACCACCCCUGGAGGCACCCAAGAGGGAGGAGGAAGUGAACGAGGUGGUGGAGAGGAGCCCCGCUUCCCCCGCAGCUGCGCAGGAGAAGCUCGCCCCAACGCCUGAGGCGGGGAGGAGAGAGAAGCCGGUGCUCGAGGACAGGCCCUCCCUAGAGAAGGGUGAGGCCGCGCAGCCGCUGUGGGUCACGCUGGCGCUGCAGAAGCAGAGGGGCUUCCGUGAACAGCAGGCCACGCGGGAGGAGCGGAAGCAGGCUCGCGAGGCCAAGCAGGCGGCCAAGCUGACCAGGGAACACGUGAGUAGCCCGGGCCGGGAGGGCGCGGAGACGCUCAGCAGAGGGGGCUCCCUACCUGCAGCCACAGCGGAGAACAAGCCCGAGACAGCCAUGGCCCGGCCAGAGCGCAGAGAGCCGCUGAGAAAGGCCAGCACGCUGCCCACGUCGGUGACAGUGGAGAUCUCGGACUCGGCGGCCCCAGCGCCGCUGCUCAAGGAGGUUGCCAAGCGGUUCUCCACCCCUGACGCCACCCCCGUGGCCACCGAGCCAGCCUGGUUGGCCCUGGCCAAGAGGAAAGCCAAGGCCUGGAGCGACUGUCCACAGAUCAUCAAGUAG